UGUACCCCUCAGAGUUAACUUUUUAAUCCCGGGUUUGUCGCGUUAUCACACACAAGAGGAGGAGGAGGCGGAGGAGGUCGCGUAGAGAAAAGGGGGCCAACAAGUCAGUCAUGGUAUGAGGUUAGCGUGAAAAGCCGGAGCGCAUUCUUGCAAAGUAAAGCCCGUUGAUAUUUCACCGUGAGGAGGAGAAGAAGAAGAAGAAGAAGAAGAAGAAGAGGAGAAAGAAAAGGGAAAGGGAAGCCCGGAGAAGCGAGAGAAAAGCGGGGUUGCAAGAUGCAGCUGGCCGCGGUGCUGUGGGGCUCCCUGGUAACUUUACUGCUCAGCCAGAGUCCAGGGGUCCAGGGCAGCGCUGAGUGUUCAUGUGGGAAGAACCACUUCACUUGUGCGGUCAGUGCGUUCGGGGAGUGUACCUGCAUCCCCGCCCAGUGGCAGUGUGACGGAGACAACGACUGCGGCGACCACAGCGACGAGGAUGGAUGCAUGCUUCCCACCUGCUCUCCGCUGGACUUCCACUGCGACAACGGCAAAUGCAUCCGCCGCUCCUGGGUGUGUGACGGAGACAACGACUGCGAGGACGACUCGGACGAACAGGACUGUCCUCCCAGAGAAUGUGAGGAGGAUGAGUUCCACUGCCAAAAUGGUUACUGUAUCCGCAGCCUGUGGCACUGUGACGGUGACAAUGACUGUGGGGACAACAGCGAUGAACAAUGUGACAUGCGUAAAUGUUCCGACAAGGAGUUCCGCUGCACGGACGGCAGCUGUAUCGCCGAGCACUGGUACUGUGACGGAGACACGGACUGCAAGGAUGGAUCGGACGAGGAGAACUGUC